AUGAGUAAUACUUCAUCAAUAAAUUUUGCUUUCAUAAAUCAAACAAUUAAUCGUUAUGUUCCAAUUCCUCUUCUUUUGUUUGGUAUAAUUGGCAAUAUUUUAAAUAUCUUUAUCUUUACUCGUCAAGCCUUUCGUACUAAUAUUUGUGUCAUUUAUUUUUUGGCAUCAACUAUAUCGGAUUCAUUUUCUCUUGGUAUUGGCCUUGUUACUCGUCUUCUUACUGGAUUUAAUGUUGAUCCAACGCAAUAUUCAAGUGGAUUUUGUAAAAUGAGAUUUUUCGUAACAUAUUAUUCGGCAUAUAGUGGUGCUUGGUUUAUAAGUUUAGCUUGUGUUGAACGAUAUCUUUGUUCAUCAAGAAAUGUUCAAAUACGUCAACUUGUAACAAUUAAACGUGCUUAUAUUUCUAUUAUUACCAUUUUAAUAGCAGGUUUUCUAGCAUUUGGUGAACAAAUUUAUUGUAUUGAUAUUAAUCAACAAUUACUAGGAGCACCACAAUCAUGUUAUCAAUUAAAACGAAAUAUUGCAUGUCAAAUUGCGGAUAGUUUAUUACAAUUUCUUUUGGAAAUUCUAACACCAGCUAUAGUGAUGAUUGUAUUUGGUUCGUUAGUUUUACGAAAUGUUCCUCGAAAACAUUCUCGCAUUAAUCCAAUAAAACAACCAAAUACAUUUGCUUCAACAAUGGCAGUACCAGCAGUUAAUUCACUCAAUGCAGAACAACAACCACCACCACCACCACUAGUAAACAUAAAAAAUGGUUUAAAUAAUCAAUCAUUUUUAUCGAUAAAUAUAAAUCGAACAGCACAAAAGCGCGAUGCACAAUUAACUAUAC